UUCGCUUAUUUCAACGCCAAAUCAUUUGGGAAAUACGUCUGUAAUGUUUUUAGAGUUUGGGAAAUAAUAAUUGCAUCUCAAAAUAAAGUUUCAUCAACCAGACGUGAAGCCAAAAAUCUAGGGAUUUUUUGACCAUAGCCUAUAUAAUGGAAAAUGUUUAUAAUCUUCGAUAUAUCUCAUUGUUUUCUAAUGUUUUCUAUUGCAAUCAUUUGGGAAUCGUUUAGGCAAGUUUAGGAAGGCACUUUUACAGUUUGGGAAGCAAUAAUUUUUAUAAUUAACGAAGAUUAAUGAAGCGUAUAGUUAGCAGACAUCAUGCUAAGGGCCAAUUUCUUAUUCUUUGAUCGCAAGGAAAUAAAUAGCAAACUGUGAUUGGUCAAUUCUACAACUACAUUUACGACUACAAUUCAUUGUAGACGGUCUUUUAUGUGUCUUUGUGCUUUGACCUUACACCUACGUUGUAUCCACUGGACCUCAUGAAUCUCUAGUAGGAUAUUUAUAAUAAUUUUUUCAUAAAUUUCGUAGAGCUUUCGAGAAAAUUUGAGUCAGUUAUUCACAUUGAUCUAAUAACAAAGAAAAUUCUAGAAAGAUUAAGUAAAAUGUAGACGUUCAUAAAAUGCAAAACAUAAUGAAAUGAAGAAGGAAACAUGACAUUUGCAUCGUUUAUCAUGUUUCUAUUAUAAACAAGAAGUUUGCCCUAAAAGAACUAAUCAUGUUCGAUUGCUACUCUAGCUAAAAAGUAUGUACAUGCAACAAAUCUAGUGAUAUUUAUGUCAAAAUUAUUACAUAUCUGACAUAUGAGAUACUAAACAUUUCAACAUUUUCUUGUUAAAUUAUUAUUAUAUUAUUUCAGUGAACAAUUUUCCAACAGUAUCGUAUAAAAAUGUUCAAUAUCGUAUACUAUUUUAUAUUUGAUACAAGCAGUGUUUGAUUGCUGCACUUGGCAGCAGUGCUUAACGUCAUACUUCGCAGUUGUAAUAGUUCGCAGUUUUGAAAAUGCUCGCAUGAGUGGCAAAGUGAAUUGAGGGACUGUACUAAUUUUCGUAAUACGAUUCCAAAUUGUGUUCGUCUCAUAAAUCUCUCUUGAUUGCACGUACAAUUUCAUCUCUCAUGUAUUCCUCGAGCGAUUGCGUAGGAGAAUCGUGAGAUUUGGCAGCAACACAACCUUCGAGUUGCGAGAACGAUUUUAAAUGUAACUUUCGGCACGUGUGAUAUUUCGGUAGUUUGCGUAAGACAUGAAGGAACUAGAAGAAGUCAACUGCGAGAUUCGCAAGAUAGUGCAAUUUUCCAUGUCAAAUCGCUUAAGGUAUCCAGAAGUGGAGGAACAUGGACAGUCUGUAGUCUCCAAAGAACACAAUGACAUUAAUAAUUAUCGCAGAGGAUUUUUGCAUAAUGCAACAUAUGCAUGGCUCAGUUACGGCUGCCACUUAGUAGUCUUUAAUGUUAAGCUAGCAGAAAAUAUCAGCAGUUGGAGGUUUCAUGGCGUUGUAACGUCUGUUUCCCAGUUUCCUGUGCAGCCUGAAAAAUUGCCAUUGCUGCUGGUUGGAGUAGAAAAUUUCGCGAAAAAAUUAAAAGAUUUCUUCGGGUUAUUAUGUAUAUUUGACUAUACUGUAUCGCAUGUCUUAAGAGCGAUUCAACCUUACGAGACGUUUCACCGAUGUCUCCCCAUGGGAUUAGUGCCAUUCAAUUCCGAAUUCUCAUUUGGAAGCAAUUAGAACACGUAACGAGAAAUGUUGUUGUCCCUCUGUUUGGAGCAGCGAUGGUCCACGUUUUUAGUGAAAUGUGCUAUUGAGUGGUCUGACAGUAGUGCUUCGUAUUUGUACCCCACUUUCCUCAAAUGAGUUGUCCAAAGAGCAUCUGAAAUUAAGAUAUUCGCGGAUCGACUCUGUGUUCCUCUCUUUGACCAGUCAGGUAGCAGUAUCGGCAAGGCCGACGUGAAGACUCUGCGAUUUUGCUCGCAGCAAUUAGAGUGCCUGUCUAACGUGGUAGGUAAGCUACCGUUCGCAACACCGGACUUGAUGAAGUAACGAAGGACGCUGGAACAUGUCUUCACGUACUUCCAACUGCUCAUUUGGUUCUAUGAUGUUGAACUGUUGCCCAAAACAGGACUUGGAUAAGGGCGCUUUGCCUAUCUCCUUAGUGUUGAAAGUGUCUUAUCCGUACGAGAAACUUUUGGCACUUUACAAAGAGAGACGAGCUCAGGUUCAGACGAGAAAUAAUAACGGUGGCAACGAAAACUGGGAGAACUUUUUCAUCAAUGAACUGAUAACACGCGAGUGUUCCAAGUUGAAGGCACAGUGGGAGAGAGAGGGUGGCACUACUACGGGCAGCUGCUAUCUGCCACCAUCGUUGCAAUCCUUGUUACGAAGUUACUUAAUCGAUUGUCACCAGACGGAAAAGAAUGAGACCACCUGUAAACAUCAGAUUAGGAUUUAUCUUCUGAUGGAUCUGGCUAUGCUGCUGCAACGGUCUUAUCCCGCGGUGGAUCAACUCAAGUAUCCAUUUGCGUUCAAGAUGAGCCCUAGCCUUAUUAAGCUCACUCAGGCAUUUUGGUUGCUCAAUGACGAAGACUAUCAGGGUUUCCUCGAUAUGACUGGUCAACUGAUCUCCGACUUCGACGUCAAGGAUUGGCAUCACAGAUUAAUACUACGUACUUUGAUACGCAACAGCCAGCACAAACUGGCACUCGUGUACCUCCGCGUAAGGAAACCACCUUUGUUUUCCAUGGAGGAGCAAGGUGUGGCCGUAAGCCUAUCGGUGGAGCACGGUCUGGUGCAGUCGGCCUUCCAUCGCCGACAGCCUUGCCACUAUGAACAACUGUUGAAUAUCUUUAAUUUGCGUACCAAGGAUUCGCUGUACGACAGUUUCGUCUUUAUCACGAUCGUAUUAUUAAUAACCGUUGUAUGUGUACCGGCUAUCCUGUUAAUUAUGCCGCAUCAGAACUAUGUCCAGAUGGGACGACCUUGUAACGUUUCGAAUGCAGAAACAAUUUUGUUAAUCCAGAAACAUAUGCAUCAUUUUAAGACGAACAAUUUUCCUGCUCGUUCUGCAGAAAUUUGGAAGGAAAUGAAUAAAGAACUUAAUGGGAGGUGGAAACCGCAGUCUGUGUAUACGCAUGUAAGAGAAAAUAAAAAUGAGAAUCUCGAGAAAGCUCGAAAGAAUUUGGGUAUAAAUCUACAAUAUGCAAGACCAAUCAUCAAUAUAAUUGACAAUGAUACUAUUAAUGAACUGUCGGAUACACCAGAGAAAUCAUCUUAUGAUAACGAUGAUGAAGAUGAUUAUUAUGAUAGCGAUGAUAAAGAUUCUACAGAUAUUGAAUCUUUUGCUCUGGUUCUUUCACCAACGGAAUGGGAGAAAAUAAAGCCCGAGGAAACUAACAAUAAACGAAAGAAAUUAAAAUCACGAAUUUGGCCCAAUGUAAUUACAAAUGCGUUUUGGAAAUUGUAUAAAUUUCCUUACGCCUUUCUAGGCAAAUGGUCAUACGUACGUACAUACAAGGAUAACGAAAAUAUUGAAUCGUCUGGAUUUUACUUGAAAUUUAAAGGUAUAUGCAAGAGUAAAAAAUGUAACAACAAAAUUGUUGGCGUAGCUGAAAAAGAACCAGUUAAUGGAAAGCUACAAUUAAUUAUCAAAACGCGUGACACACGCAAUAAUUAUCAUGAAGAUGUGAAAAGACCAUUAAAUGGUUUAAACAGAAAAUUAAUUGGUCAAAAAUUGAAACGAAGGAGAAUUGCAGGAUAUCGACAGAAAUUACUUGCGGAGAAUAUGGAAUUUGGAGAGAACGAACCUCCAUGGAUACAAAAAUGUCAGGUUUAUAGACAAGCAAAAAUGGAAUGUAACAAGGAAGAUCUUGGCAUAAAAUCAAGUGUGAAAAUGGACAUGAUAACUAGCAUCCGCAAUAUGUUAGAAGACAUCCGAUACCGCAAUGAUAUCCGGGAGAUUGGAGUAAAGAAGUUUUAUGUUUUUUACUGCAGCCCGGAACAAAUUUUCGUAGAAAAAGAAUACUGCCGAAUAAAAAACGGAUGUUCCCGAAUUUGUCUGGAUGCCACCGGUAAGGUAGUAAAAAGAUUUGAAAUUUUCCCAGGACAAAAAACUGGUCACGUAUUUUUAUACACAAUUACAAUCAAUUUUGAAAGUAAAACUCUUCCUGUAUAUCAAAUGUUGUCGGAAAAACAUGACGCAAUCUUCAUCACAUUUUGGCUUCAAGAAUGGAUACGCACAUGUGAGGCGACAAUACCAGACGAAGCUGUUUCUGAUUUAGGACGUGCUUUAUUAUUGGCUAUGUGUGAAGCAUUUAACCGCAUGACAUUAAAGGAAUACGUCGAUGUUCUUUUUAAAUGGGCAACGAAAGAUAAACAUAAAAAUCCUCGUCCUUUUAAUAUUGUAAUAAGAGCGGAUGUGGCUCAUCAAAUGGCUGCUGUCGCCAGGUGGAAAUGUAUCAAAGACUUACAUCAUCCUGUUAUCAAAGGUUUUUAUCUUCGUACAAUCACUUUAAUGAUUGAUUGUCAAACAGUACAAGAGUUUGAACAUGUAUUUCGGCUAACAUGCAUCGUUGCACUGUAUCUCGACCAAGAUGAAAGUAUAGUGAUAUCAGGGAAACAAAUGUCAGUUUUUCAAGCUAGAUACGUUUUGGAAGAAUACAUGGCUGAACGUGGACAGAUCAUCGAGAAGCUGGAGACGUCGAGAGAGAAUAUCGAAAUUGACAAGGAAGUUGAAAAUACUUUGAAUUCAGCUGAAGAAAAAGAUAAUAAGAAUUUAACUGUCACUCAUCAAUGGAUUAAAAAUCUUAUUGCAAUGUCUACACCUCUGGAUCAGCAAAAGAUGGAGUGUAAGGCUGUAAACGGUUUUUAUUUUCCGGAAUUCAUACAGCCACUUGAACGAAUUGCUAAAGAGUUUCCUAUAUGGACUGCAGCGGCCCUCCCUGGUAAACAAACGCAUGCGCCAACAGUUUGGCAGGAAGAAUAUUUUACUGAGGUAAAGACAAAAAUUUUUGAAGGCAUUCCUUUGCCAUGUUCCGCAAUUCGAUUUUUGAAAGAGCAUAUUGAUGACUUGCAUUCUGGCACUAAUGAGGUAAUAGCAAAAUUAAAACAUUUUAAUCACAUUCGUUGGCAACCAAUAUCGUCUCCACAUAAACCAGAAGAAAGAUUAGCCUUGCAAAAACCUGCUCGAGUUCCAAGUUUAUCUGUUAAAAAAUCAGAAUCCCCGCGAAAAGUCACUCCUGCUUCAUGUUCAUUUGAUGAAGAAUUAGGAUUCUCGUUGCAAGAUCCCAUAUCAGAUUCAUCUUUACUCGACAAUAAAUUAGGAAUCUCCUUGCAAGAUUCCACUCCAACUCUAUGUGCAGCUGACGAAGAAUUCCAAUCCAUAAAAACUUCGCAAAAACCCAUAACAUCUUCAGUACAAAAACCGAUAUUAGAUCCAUGUUCAAUAGACGAAGGAUUAAAAUUCUCAUCGAAACAAUCACAUAUAAAUAUAGAUUUUGAUUCAAUAAGUUUAUUACGCGAGAGGGCUCGCAUGGUGAAUGACUCUGAUUUGAAGAGUGGUGAAGCGUGGAGAGGAUUUGUUAAUGAAAAGAGUAUUCUUGUAGACGUUAAUAAAAUAAAUCCUGAAAAUCAAGAAGAAUCGAAAAAUACUCAAAAUACUUCACAAAUUCUCUCUGAAUUACUCGACCUUCAAAGCGACGACAUAGCAAACAUUGAUCAAAAUCUUUCUUUUACUGAGUCAAACAACAAUAAUACUCAUGGUUUUUCUACAAGUGAGCAGGAGAAACUUUUUACAAAGGAAAGAUCCUUUUUGACUGCUGAAUUAUUAACGCCAACUUCAGAAAAAAUUACUUUCUCGAGUACGCUAUUAAUGGAUCAUAAUUAUAUGAAAUUAUCAGAGGCUGAGAAUGAAGCAUCGAUUGAACCUCCUAAAAGUGACCAGCAAAAUUUGAACCCAAAAUGUAAGAAGAACAAACCUGCGAAAGUAGGUUUUUAUUUUCAAGCAUGCCCACAAAUACGAUUUCUCAAUGAGAGACUUGAUAAUGGAGGAAAAAGAGGUUUUCUUUUGAGGAAUGGGUCACAAUUGGGAAUCAUAAAAGUAAGUAACAUCGCUGUGGAUCUACAAAAAACUUGUGGCUUUGAUGCCAUCAUCCAUAUCUUGCAAUUUGGUGCGCUUUAUCAAUCUCAAUAUGCUUUUGCUAUACAGUCAUCGAAUAAUCAUGCGUUAAAAUUUGUAUGCAAAUUUAUGAAAAUGGGCCCAACGAUGGAAAUACUUCGUGAACGCAUUGUUCUUUUAAAUGAAUUUUAUCCAAUUGUAAAAGAUUCUGAAGCUCCAUCUAUCAAACCGUAUAAGUUGAUUGCAGAAGACUCGAUUACUACAAUAUGGAAGUAUCUCUUUUGUUGUUCUGAACCGACUGAGCCAAGUGCAAUGAGAUUCUCUAAAUGUAAUAAUCCGGAAUGUGUAUCAUCAAUACCAACGGAUAUCGCAUACUUUGAAGUAAAUAUCCGAACGAUUAAUACCAAAGGUAUUCAAGCAUUACAAAAUGCUGUCUUAUUCAAUGAACAUGGUUACAAUGUUAAGUGCUCACAAAAAAAUUGUCCAGGAAGAGUUACUGUAACGACUCGUUUACAUUUUCACAUCUUUAUUGAUUUGGACACGAGAACACACUGCAAAAAAACAUAUAGCCUCAAAUGCCAGUUAGCAGAUGUUCCAGUUACACUGAAUUUUGUAAGAGAGUAUCGCUUGAUAGGUGUUAUCGAAUAUAUUUCUAGUCACUUUAUUGGCUACUGUCGAAAACCUUCAGGACGAUGGCUAAAAUGUGAUGAUAUACAAUUAAAUGUUGAAGGAUGUGACGAGACAAGAGUAAUUACACCGAUUGGAACCAUUUAUAUUGAGUCACAUUAACUCUUCAUGUUGACACUCGAUGCUUCUUUUUGCAAUGAUACAGGAAUGAACGAUCACCUACGAGACUUUAGAUCUUUUUAAUCUAGUGCGAAAUAUGAUAGUCAAAGAAGGAAUUCGAUAAUCUUUCCCACAUCGAUUUGAUGUUAAUUACAGAA